AUGGGACCUCCUUCCAUGGCUGCAGCGGCGCUGCUAGCGGGGAGGAGAGUAUGCGCGUUGAUAGGAGCCGGUCUGAGCGUGUCCUCGGGUAUCCCCGACUUCAGAUCACCAGGAGGGAUGUACGACACGCUGAGACCCGAGCUCUUGACAGCCUCAGAGUUGGAGAGGAGGGCGAUGCGGGCGGAUCCGACGGCUGUAGUGAGCUGGGAGAUCUUCUCAAGGAACCAGUUGCCGUACCUGGAGCUGAGAAGACCGUUCAUGCUGGGUGUGCUGGACAAAGAGGAGAAAGGGAAAGACACGUACAAACCCACGCUGGGGCAUUUUUUCUUUAGGGUGUGUCAUGACAAAGGGCUAUUGAAGAGGCUCUACACGCAGAACAUAGACGGGCUUGAUUACAAGACAGGCAUCCCGAAUGACAAGAUCAUCUCCGUGCAUGGAUCUUUGGGGAGGGUUGAGUGUGAAGGUUGUAAGACUCCUUACCCUUCGGAGAAGUUUUGCUCGGAAGUGCGAGAAAAGAUCAAGGACAUAUACAACAUCGACGAGCAUGCGCCAAAAGAGUCCAGGCCGAUCGAAUGCUUGAGUUGCGGGAAGCCUCUUGUCAAGCCAGCUACUGUGCUCUACGGUCGAAACCUUCCUCCGGAGUUCUGGGAAAGGAAAGACGAGGAUAUGCAGGACCUCGAUGUCUUGAUUGUAGCAGGAACCAGUCUUGCGGUACAGCCAGCUGCAUCGUUGGUGACGUUGACGAAUAAGAGAUCUGCUCGUAUCGUAGUGAACAAAGAGGAGGUAGAACGGAACUUUCCUGUGUAG